ACGCUGACAAGACUGCUUUCAGUCGGGUCCACGGAAGAUCAUCUCCUAUACGAUUUUAAAUAGCCUCCUUCUCAUCUGCACUAGAACUCAGGAAAAUUAUUCGUCUUUUCCCCUGCUAGCCAUGCCGUGUUUGAAGCUUCAGUCAUUUGGGGCUUUCUUCUCAUUUUGAGUCCAGCAAUGGCUGGGCAGAAACCUGAGUUGGAAUUGGAAGAUGAGUUGCAUUCUGUCGUUAAUGAUAGGACUGAGGAUAGUCUGAUUUUCUCUGAUGCAGAGGAUCAUUCAUGGCGCUCUCCCGCGGAUGCCGCUGAUUCUGAUGGUGGCUGUCAUGAGGAAGAGUAUAGAUACUCAAAUGAUGCUGAUCUUGAGAUGGGUGGGGUUGUGGAUAUACGGAGGAACUCGACCGCCGAGUACUCUGAUGUGGACUUGGAGAAUGGUGGAGGCAGUGGCCUGACUAAUGAGAUGAGUUUGCAUUUGGCAAAAGUAGAGAGAGACUGUAGGAUUUGUCACCUUACCUUAGAAGGUGGGGCUCAGGAAUCUGAGUUGCCGAUUGAACUUGGAUGUUCCUGUAAGGAUGAUCUAGCUGCUGCCCACAAACAAUGUGCAGAAGCCUGGUUUAAAAUCAAGGGAAACAAACAGAGACCUGGAUUAUUGUUGUGAAGCUAUUGAAUAAACCUUGGACGCAGAACCCAGUCUCUUGUUUUUCGUGGGAUUCAUUCUGGAAAUUGAACCUUGGAUCAAGGAGAAGGUUUCUCUCCUUGUCAAUUUCAGGUAAAAAUCCACCUUUGAGACACAAAACAGUUCCUGUAAAUCUUGCUUGACUACUAACUUUUGGCUAUUAGAAAACCUUACGUAUUUGCGGCUGCUAUCUGCAUGGUUUGUAACAUAAGAUCAAUUGGAUUCACAGUGGUUCCCUUUUGCAAAUAUGAAAGUUUCUGUUGAACUUUCAAAAUCAAACAAAAAUGUGGGUUUCCUUUGCAGGAAAAGCCUUUUAUCUUGCCUUGAUUGAAGUUCAGGAUGUACAAUUCACAAAACCUGUUGAAAGUAACUUAGAGGUCGUUUGGUAUUAGGGACACUCUGGAAAUUUCCCAUGAAUAUACCCCAAUUUGAGAUAAAUUCAUGGUACACUAGUUCUAGUGUUCCAUGAACCUACCCCAUUCAUGAGGAAGAUUCAUUGGACACUCUCAUUGUGUCCAGGAUGCCGAAAGUGACGAUCAUCAAUUCUCUGAUCUCCCCCUUCCUGCACCAUGUUUACAAUCAAUAUGGUCUACAUUUCACCAUUUUAAGUAUUGAAAUCAUACUCUCUCUCUCUGUGCCUGAAAUCCUAUUCUCUCUCUCUGUGUCUGUGUGUGUGUGUCUCUCUCUCUUUCUGUGUGUGUAAACAGACAUACCCCACACUCUCCUAUCCACCAUUUCCAUGAAGGCUCUAUCUCAACAUUUCUGUCAAACCAUCCUAGAAAUAUGGCUCUCAUAUUGUAAUUCAAAAAUGAAUAAGGUCAUCAGGCAUGUCUCUUCCCACGGCACUGAAAGGCUGUUAAUGGGGAUUGUGGGCUUCAAUAAUUUUCUAGUCAUAUGUGUAAGUAAAACAAGCUAUCAGCUGGACUCUGGUUGAAGAAAAAAUAUGCCAUUCAAUUCAUGUAGCCUCAAUGUUGGUAUUCCUUCCUCAAACAGAACCUGCAAAAUGGUGAACGACAGGGUAUUUGGAGUCAUUCAUUCCAAUCGAAUAGUCAUGCUUCAAAGAAUCAGUUUACUCCAUGCUAUGAAAAUGUAUGUUCCUUGGAUCAUGCUCCUUGUCCUUGUCUUGGUUACGUCUAAUCAAUACUACAUUGGUUAAGUUUCAAUGUGGCUAACUCCGCUUGCUUGUA